GGGGGGGGGGGGGGUCACCAAGUCAGCGUGGAGCGUUCAGUCGCCCCGGCCAGUUAAGACAUUGCUUCUUUGGUUGAGUCUUGCUGUGCCUGCCUCAGUGCUCUAGCGCGCCCCCGAGUGGCCGGGGCGAUGGCCGCUCGCCGGGGCUGCUUCUGCCAUGUGGACGAAGACAAUGCCCGCUUCGUGCUGCUAGCGCUCCUGAUCUGCUUGUACCUGGUGUGCGGGGCCGCCGUCUUCUCGGUCAUCGAACGGGACAAGGAGGUCGAAUCGCAGCGCCGGUGGGUCCAGAGGAGGGAGAACUUCAGCCAGAGGUACAACAUCAGCAGACCUGAGCUCAGCGUCUUCCUGCGGCACUACGAGGAGGCCGGCAUGGCUGGGGUGCGGGUGGACGAGACCCGGCCCCGCUGGGACUUCGCCGGCUCCUUCUACUUUGUGGGCACCGUGGUCUCCACCAUAGGUUUCGGGAUGACCACUCCGGCCACGGCGGGCGGGAAGAUCUUCCUGAUAUUCUACGGCCUGGUCGGCUGCGCGGCCACCAUCCUCUUCUUCAACCUCUUCCUGGAGCGGCUGAUCACGGUGCUAGCCUAUGUCCUGAAGACCUGCCACGAGAGGCAGCUGAGGAGGAGCGGCGUGCGGCCGCAGUUGGACGUCCAGGAGGGUGGGGAAGGGGCCGGGGCAGACAGCUUGGCCGGGUGGAAGCCCUCCGUCUACUAUGUCAUGCUGAUCCUGGGCUUGGCCGCCCUCGCCAUCUCCUGCUGUGCUUCAGCUAUGUACACCCCCGUCGAGGGCUGGAGUUACAUGGACUCCAUCUACUUCUGUUUUGUGGCCUUCAGCACCAUAGGUUUCGGAGAUCUGGUCAGCAGCCAGAACAUGAGGUACGACCACCAGGGAUUUUACCGCUUUGCUAACUUUUUGUUCAUCCUGAUGGGGGUGUGUUGUAUUUAUUCACUAUUUAACGUUAUAUCCAUAGUCAUUAAGCAGUUCCUCAACUGCACCUUGAGGAGGUUGGAAUGUAGAUGUUGCCAACGGUGCCGGCGGAAACUCCUCCAACCGGGCCGCAACGCUGUCCUGCCCGGCGUGCUCCGCACCCGGCGGAAGAUCUCCAUCGAGACGGACGCCUUCAACGAGAGCGAGGUGGCCGACGGCCGCAGGCAGUCCGGGGAGAUGAUCUCCAUCAGGGACUUCCUGGCCACCAACAAGGUCUCUCUGGCCAUCAUGCAGAAGCAGCUGAUGGAGACGGCGAGCGGGCACCCGAGGGCGGGCGGUCCAGGCCCCCGCCCCAACGGCUUCAGCGAGGGGGUUGGGGCGCUGGCCAUCAUGAACAACAGGCUGGCGGAGACCAGCAUGGACAGAUGAGACCAGCCCAAUCGAUUAACCCUUUGUGACUGCUGAGUUUUUUCCAAACAAUAAUUAAA